UUCUGCAUUUUUCUGAGAUGGCAUCAAGAGGCUGCAAGCAUCUGGCAGACGCAUUUUGCUAUGUCUGCGGCCAAUUUAUCAAGACAAGAGCAAAAAAGUACUCUGUGAAAGCAUCUGCGAAGAUGUGUGAGGCCGACAAGCCAUAUUUUGGCAUGCCUGUCGGGGAUCAAGACAAACCCUGGGCACCUGAUUUCACCUGCGAGCAAUGCAAAAAAACUCUGGAAAAUGAGUGGGAACCACGUGUGCCAUGUGAAACUGGCCAAACAUCUCGGCGCAGGAUACUGGGAGAGAUUCGUGAUACUCGGUGACACUGCAGGAGGAGUGGCGCUGUGGUGAUCGGAGUCGUUAACGCGAGAACUGCGUCUGUGCGCGGCAGUGAGAGACGCGAGCUGCUGGCAAAUCACGUGGCGAGGAAUCUCGUAAUGCCUUCUGCUGCUGCCAUUGAGGAUCUGAGCGCUGUGAUGGACAUCUUUGUGCGCGAGUUCUGCGCCAACUGUGAAGGAGGCACGGGGAGCGUCUCCAUGAGGAACCACACGCUCCAGAAUCUGCUCGUGAAGCACAUGCGGCUCUACCUGGCGGUGGGUUUCCUGUGCCCUCCACGGCGACAGCACUGCAAGCUAACUUUUCUCGAGCAAUGUGGUGCAAUGACGCGUCUCCACGUGCACUGGGAGCCGCUGCGGCUCGAGGCGGUGCCAAGUGCUGUGGCAUUGGGUUUUGCAAGAACGACUGAGCGUGCUUCGUCACUGUUAAAGGGUGCGUGUGACCCGCAUGAAGUGCGCAAGAUCAUGGGGGAUCUUCACGAGAACCAAGGCGCCAGUGUGGACUUCCAAGCGUUCAUGGCCACGUGGACGCGAAUCCUCGUGGCCGGCCAUGCCCCAUUCCAGGAGCGCGUGUUCCUCACCAAGGGGCCCUGUGGCCGGCCCAUUUCUGCUGAUAAGCCCAAAUAAAUCUCUUUAAAAUAUAUAAAAGGAGAUUGCUAAUAAAAUUGCUGGC